AUGGAUUCAGAGCUGGGAAGGGCCAAUAGAGUCCAUCUGGACGCUCUGGGAGGUUGGGGCCCUGGCUUAGUUGCUUGUCUAUUGCUAGUCUAUGGCAGGUGCUUCUUCCAGCUGGUCCUUUGUGGUCACAAGUUAGAGCCACUUGUACUGGUGCAGCUGUCAGAGCGCUAUGAGCAAAUGGAAUUCCUGGGCCGGCACAUUGCCCGGAAACUCAACAUCAACUACUUUGACCACCUGGUUGCCUCCUACCGUCACGUAGUCCGCCACUGGCCACUGGGGGCGACCUUUAACCCUGGCAUUGUGCAGCGAAAAACACAAGCCUACACUAAGUCAAGUGUUACCGACCUGGAUGUUUAACCCCCGGGGCCUGAACCCCAGCCUCCUUUCCCCUGCACUGUCGUCCCCCCCCCCCAGGGACUGCCAGCCAGCCCCACCUGCUAGCCUUCCUCUUACUAAAAAAGCUG